GCAGUCGCCUCAAAAUGCGGCUUACCUUAUACCUCGUACUUCUCAGUUCGAUUGGCACACGGAGUGCUUUCUUGAGCGACAUACUGAGGUCCCUCAAGAAGGAACUACACUUCCCAACAAUGCUCGUCGUGGGGGAUUCCACUGCGUGCUGGAACCUGGAGCCCUACGAAAACGAUGUUCCCAUCAUAAGCUGGAGGGGAAUGCGCAGCGCGUAUCUGAAAGAUACUUUCAACUCUGAGAUGCUAGCACUGGCGUGCUUGCAGAACAACAGCGAAGAUGCACUGAAGUCGCUGUACAGCAGUCUUGAGGGCAUCCGAGAUACUCCCACCGUACUCUUCGCAUCCUCGGAGGAGCAGAUACCUGAUCUAUUACUGCGGUGUUUCAGGGAAAACAUGCUGAAUGUGCUGGCACUUGUGGGCUCCAGCACAGAGUUCAUCUACAGCUACCAGCCAUUCCCGGCAUUCCGCGUUGUAAAACGAAAGGUGGAGGAAGUUCAUCGGUACUUCGUUCCACAGCUGGAGGAUCUUGGGGGGCAUACAGUAACUGCAGUACCUGGCAACGUGAUUCCACGCACAAUGUGGUACCGGAAUGCCGAGGGAGAGCGCCAGUUGGCCGGAUACGUGCACACCUUCAUACGCAACUAUGUGGACACCAUCAAUGCGACUCUGAAGAUCUCCUGGGACCUCGUGCCCGAGCAAGGUAUGAGGCACUUCACAGUGUUCCGGCUCUCAAAGAUACAGCACGUGGACAUUCCGAUGGGCAUCAUGGCCCUCUACAACGAGACAGGCAGCCAGGAAGUGCCCAUGGAGAUCUCCAGCUGGUUCCUCAUGUUGCCCAUGGAGUCCCCCGUUCCGCGAGCCGAACUCUUCGUCAAACUGGGCCUGGAGCGGCUGCUAGCCAUCAUGAUAGUUGUGGGUCUGGUGCUCGGCAAUGCCCAUCGGAUCGAGCUGGGAUUGAGACCCACCUGGCGCUGCUACUACCUGGCGGAUAAGAUGCUGCGAGGAGCCUUGGCACAGCCAAUUGUCCUUCCGAGGAGGCUCUCCCCCAAACUGAUGUUCAUCUAUUCGCUGCUCCUGCUGAGUGGGUUCUUCUUGAGCAACUACUACAUGGCCUACCUGACUAUGGGGCUCGUGCAUCCGCCGGCGGUUGAUCGCAUCCUAGAUUGGGAUCAGUUUCGCUUGCUGCAGCUGAAAGUGCUGGUCGUCCGCGAAGAGUUCGACUACAUGUCCUUGCUAAUGGGAGCGGACUUUAUGAAGGCCUACGGGGACAUAUUUCAGGUGUCGAACGAGACGGACUUCCAGAGGAGGCGCCUUUCCAUGGAUCCCUCCUACGCCUACCCUGUGAGCAACACCUUGUGGCCGUUCCUGGAGCUCUCCCAGGUGAGACUUUGGCGACCCCUGUUCCGACGAUCCUACGACAUGGUGCUCCAGCCGUUUCAAAUUAUGAAUAUGCCGCUGCCACGGAACUCCAUCUUCCGCAAGUCCCUGGUCCGAUAUGCUGCUCUCACCCGCGAAACCGGACUCUAUCCCUUCUGGUUCCGGCGCAGCUUCGACGAACUGGUGGCUCUCCGGAAGAUCUCGUACAAGGAGGAUGCGGGUAACCCGUACUGCGAUCUCAAGUGGACCGACUUUCAGUUCGUGUGGCUGGGCUUCCUGGCGGGAAGUGGCUUUAGCACCCUGGUGCUUCUCCUGGAGGUGGCUCACUACAAGUGGCAUUCGAGGAACGCCGCACUCUGAAUGGAUUACCAAUGAUGCUAGCUGUGGAGCUACCUUGCUCCAAGUCGAGUCCAAGUACCAAGUAGAUUGUGUAAUUAAAAACUCGCCAGGUCGCAAUUUCAAACACUUUUUGCAAAAGCAUUUUUAUUCAAGUUUCACAUGUCUCUGCUCACUGCAUCUUGAUUUUCAUCGUUAAAUGUUUUCCGUUUCUUGUUCAUUUUCAUUUUCAUUUUUCUUGUUCAUUUUACUUGUUUUCAUUUUCAUGUUCAUGUUCGAUUGUUUUUAGGUUUGUUAAUAAGUAGGUAUUCGUAAUAUGUUAUAAUUAGGAUUCGCUUCAAUGGAAUUACAUAUAUAAUGCAUAUAUUAUGCGCCAUCUGUGUCGCAAUCAUCUGUGCUCCUCGUGGUUCGCUAGUCAUUAAAAUGGGACUUUCCCAGCAAAGUUGCAAGCAAAAGGUCAAAUAAACUGGGUUCUCGUGAGGAGAAUGCAAUUCAAAUGCAGUUUGAAUGCAGUUCGAAUGCAGUUUGAAUGCAGUUUGAAUGCAGGUGUCGUGUGUCUCGUUAGCAAAGGUGCACAAUUGAGUAAACUUGGUGUGGAGUGUGUGUGGUUCGAUGGUGUGUUAUUAAUUAAUUUUGCAGGACUGAAUUAACAUUUGUUGUACUCUAAAAAUUUAGCACUAUAAAAGGGUUGUCCUUUGGGUUUUGUUUUCUUUUCUUUUGUUUCGUUUCUAGUUUUAUUUUGUUUUGUUUUUAGGUAAAUUCUGCAAAAGCAAUUACCAAAGAUGACGUCUCGAUUACAAUUAUAAUUUGUAAUUUGUAAUUUAUAAUUUAUAAUUUGUAAUAAUAAUAAGAAGUAUGUCGCAUUUGCUUGGCAAAGGAAAAUAAAUUUCAUUUCAUUUCUUUCUCUUUUUUGUUUGGUUUUGUACAUUACAUUUGUGUAAAUAUUAUUCAAUUGCGUAAUUGCGUAAUUUCUCCUGGUUGUCUUGUAAAUUCAUAUUGCAUAUGUUCUGUGUGAGUUACAGUGUUACCUUGCUACAGUGGAGGCCUAAUCCUACUUUUGUCCUGGAAACUAGAGUCGUAACCUCGAAAUGAAGUGAAGUGUAAUGGAAAUAAAUAUGGUCAAAUGAGGGUACGUUAGUACGUUAGUUAUGCCAUCCUAAAUAUUGCCAUCGUUAUAACUAUUUUAUGUCAUUUAAUUUCUCCUCUUUCUCUUUUUUCUGUUUUUGUGUGUGGUACUGUUUUAACUAUACAUUGUGUAUAUGUCUAGACGCAAAACUUGAAUCUUACAAAUUUCGACUGAGUUUAGCGUUAAUAAUUUUUCUCUCUCACAUCUAUUUGCUUUCGUUUUCUGUUCGGUUCGCGGAAACACUUUAAAAAUUAAGCUCAAUAAUCUUAAAUUAUUUAUGUAUCUGCUUUCAUUUGGGUUACACGCCUGCCUACAGAGUGCUUUGAAUUAUUCGAUCGAUCUUGCGAUUCAACUUCUGGCGAUCGUGCCUUGUAUCCAUAAUAUUAUUCAUAUUCUAAAAGAUUUCAAACAUUGCACUGUGUACACUUCUUGGAUUGGUUACAUUCAAUUAGUUUUUGUUUUGUUUUCAUUUUGUUUUUGUUCUUUUUACCUUACUGUCGUUACUGUCUGCGGUCCUGUUUGUGGUUUCACUUUAGUUUCUGCUACUUGAAACAAUGUACAAUAAUUACAAAAAUGUCUUGUAAUUGCUAAAAUUUUAAUACUCAUGUACUGUCCGCAGGAGUGGCGCUGGGCCCCUGCUACUUCCAUAUCUGAUCUUCCCAGCUUUCUAGCUCUUCAGCUGUCCAGCUCUGACCUAAUCCUCGUCCAGCUAAUCUGCGUCUACUAUAUAAAUUACGUGUAGGUUCGCUUUCGCAAUGGUUGCACUUGAUUUCCUCGUCAAAAGUAUUAGUUAUAGCGUAGGGUGUGGGUGUGUGAGUAUUAUAAACGCUUUUUAACUACAGCGUGUGGGUUUACUUUAGAUAUAUGUAUAUGUUUAUGUAUAUACGUGGAGUGGGUGCUUCACUUGUUAAUAGGGGUUACAUCAAUUGUAUUUUUUUCCGUUUUUCGAUUUUGUUUUUUGUCCUUUUUUUUGUUUUGUUUCUUGCUUUAGUUUUGUUUUAAUAUAUAUUAGGUAAGUGUAAAUAUUCAUAUGUUGCCCAGGACUUGCUGGGCGUAGCUCUAGUUGCGAUCGCACGAUCUAGACUUAAUGCCAAGGGGCCAGUGUGAAUGUUGGCCUGGUGUGGGUAAAUACAUUUCGAAAUACG